AUGAAAAAGGCACCUUACAAGGACAUAUGGAAGCUCGAUAUGGAUGUGCUCCCAGCACCUGGUGCUAUCGUGUCGGAACAGAGGAACCGUGAGUUCAUGCCUCCAAACCUGGCGGUGGAUUUCCUCUGGCACACGCAUCGCCUCUACCCAGCCAGCUACUGGGUUUGGAGUUUCACCUCGGCAGGGAGACUAAUAGACUAUGAGCCGAUAGCUUCGGCUGAAGCAGCGAGGAGGACUUUGGGAGAGACUGAUAUAGAGUGGAAGAAGAGGAACGGGUGCUGGUAUGACAAGAAGCACUCUUUGCACCAGUGUGACAUGGAGGAUUACUUCCCAGACGCUGCUGUUGUUCCGCCGGGACAUCCGGCGAGAGCCAAAGUCCAAUGGACUCUAGGUGGAAUGAACCCUGUGAAGGAGAGAAGAGUAGGAACUAGAGGAAGGUAUUACGUGUUUGAGGGGCUUGACAUACCAUUCGACGGGGGCUCUUGGGAUUUUGGUGGCAGCGGUGAUGGAGGAGGCGGAGGAGAUGGAGGAAGUGGAGGAGGGGACGGCGGGUGUGGUGGUGAUGGUGGUGGAGGCGGAGGCGGAGGCGGUGAUGGUGGUAGUUGA